AUGUCCACGUUCUUUGAUGAAAUGAAAGCAUCCUUUGCUGAUGUCAAGUUAAACGAAGCAGGAAAUAUAGACACGGCAGAUUUCUUACGAGCCUCAGAGUCGUUGGUUAAACUCUUUGACUUGUUAGGCUCGUCGGCAUUUAUUGUUGUUCAAAAGGAUAUGACCGGCAACAUCACCAAGAUAAGAAGCAAACUAUUGGAAGACCCCAUAAAAUCUUCGACAUUGCAAGAUUUGGUCUUGGCUGAAUCAACCACCAAAUCCAAGACAGCCACCCAGGGCUUGUUAUGGUUAUCUCGAGGAUUGCAGUUUACUGCUCAAGCCAUGAGAGAAACCGUGGACCAACCGGACAAGGAGCUCACGGUGACUUUUACUGAUGCUUACAACAAAACAUUGUCCAAAUAUCAUGGCAUGUUGGUUAAACCAGUUUUCAAACUAGCAAUGAAGGCUUGCCCUUACAGGAAAGACUUUUUCGCUAAACUAGGCGCAGAUCAGGCUAAAGUGAAUGCUCAACUAUUGGAGUGGUUGGCAGCUUUAGAGAAAAUCGUCAAGAUUAUUAUGGACUUUUUUGCAUCUGGCAACUAUGGUAAAGGUUUAUAG